CAGUAUCGCUGGCUUAAACUCUCAUCACUCACUCUGCAGAUACUCUGUUUCUUUCAAACCUCUUUUUCUUCUUUAAACUCUCAGGUUUUCAUGUAAAACAUACAAAAUUCGGGGAUGAGUAUUUACUCACAAGCUCAUAUUUGUCAAUGCCUGACCCGCAUUUCAACUCUCCGUCACAAUGCCACGGUGACGAUCACCGAAACUCGACGUAAAACCGGAGAGAAAUUUGUUGCAGAUGUUCUUAGUUUGGCUGGUGGACUUGUUGAAGUUGUUGGUCUUAAGCCUGGGGAUGUUGUUGCCAUUUCUGCACUUAAUAGUGAUUUGUAUUUGGAAUGGUUACUGGCAGUUACCUAUGUUGGAGGAAUCUGUGCUCCUUUUAAUUACAGAUGGAGCUUGGCAGAGGCAAAAUCAGCAAUGGAAGUUGUGAGACCGAUUUUACUGGUAACAGAUGUGAAUUCUGGUUAUUGGCACUCAAAAUUUCGAGUUGAUACAAUCUCUUCUAUAAGUUGGCAUGUUCUGAUGGAGCAUCCAGUAGAGCUUGACAUCACUGCAAAUGGGGUGCCUUAUUUUCCAGUUUUAACUACUGAAAUGCUUAAGAAGUUAUGCGUGAAAUCACAAUCACUAAAUUACGUCUGGGGACCUGAUGGUGCUGCCAUAAUAUGCUUCACUUCAGGAACCACUGGAAGGCCAAAAGGAGUCACUUUAAGCCAUUCAGCUUUUACAGUACAAUCCCUGGCAAAAAUAGCAGCUGUUGGUUACGGUGAGAAUGAUGUAUAUCUGCAUACUGCUCCAUUGUGCCACAUUGGAGGAUUAUCAUCAGCCUUGGCGAUGCUAAUGGUAGGUGGCUGUCAUGUUUUGAUACCCAAGUUUGAAGCUAGGUUAGCUCUUGAAGCCAUCGACCAACAUGGAGUGACUUCCCUGAUAACCGUCCCUGCAAUGCUCUCUGACAUGGUCUCUGUAAUCAGGACGAAAGAAGCAAAGGACAGUUUACAAUCAAUAAAGAAAAUCUUAAAUGGAGGCGGGAGCCUAUCAGCUGAGCUACUUAAAGAUGCAAUUCAAAUUUUUCCAAGAUCAAAAAUUGUCUCUGCUUAUGGGAUGACAGAGGCAUGUUCUUCUCUCACCUUUAUGACCCUCUACGAUUCAGCAAAAGAAAAUUGUGACCAGUCCUUAAUGAAGGGAGAAACAAGACCGGAGUUCCAUGAACCACGGGGCGUCUGUGUUGGAAAGACUGCUCCACAUGUUGAACUAAAGAUAAACUCUGAAGAUGUUUCUCAUGCUGGACUAAUUUUAAUAAGGGGUCCCCAUAUGAUGCUUGGUUAUUGGGGCCAAAUACCAACCGAAAAGCCUGUUCCUGGUAAUGGAGAUUGGUUUGAUACAGGUGACAUAGGGAGACUAGACAACGAUGGAAAUGUCUGGCUCAUUGGGCGGACAAAUGACAGGAUCAAGAGCGGUGGGGAGAAUGUUUACCCUGAAGAGGUAGAAGCUGUCGUGUCAAAGCAUCCUGGCGUUGCUGGCGCUGUUGUUGUUGGACUCCCAGACUCCCGCUUCACAGAAAUAGUAGUUGCUUGCAUUCAACCAAAACCUACCUGGACAUGGUCCGAUUAUAGUUCAAAACUGUCAGCUAAAGACGAUGAUCGAUGCCUUACCAGUCAGAUACUUCAGAACUUCUGCAAAGAAAACAAUUUAACAGGGUUCAAAGUUCCUAAAUAUUGUAUCUUAUGGAAGAAACCAUUUCCAUUAACAACUACCGGAAAAUUAAGAAGGGAGCAAGUAAGAUCAGAAGUUAUAUCUCAUACGCAGAUUUUUCCAUGCAGACUGUAAGGGUAUCGAAAUGUCUCAGCUAGGCGAAGUCUGAUAGGGCAUUAAGCAACAAAGAAAGAGUCCUGCAUCCAACAAGGAAUUUUCUUCUCUUCGGCAUUAAACUUCAGUUUCAAUGUAGCAAAACCACUGUCCUUGGUCCCUUCUUAGGUCCAAUGAUCAUGGUUUAAACACAUGGCAAUUCUGUACAAAUUCAAACAUUAGAAAUGAGUCAGUUAUUGAUGCAACA